AUCAGAAGUCUGCAGUCUCUUUCACUGUCUUCGACAAGUCAGUCUCCGAAUUUCAUAAACCGAACAUUUGUUUUCGAUUCAAAGAAAAUGCGCUUCUUCGUUUUCAUGUUGUCCGUCUUGAUUGCCAUUAUUCAAGGCAAUGCGCAAUACCAGGCGUAUUACCGCGACGCGUUGUAUCCGUAUCCGGCCCAUCAGGUCCCCAUUGUCCCGUCCCUUGAUCAGGAAAACCGGAUCUUCUUCAACCAGAUUUUUAACGCCAUCACUUCUUUCUACACGUCGACGACAACGACGACAUCCACUUCCACAACAACUUGUACCGUGUCGACUAACUUUCCUUGCCCUGGCCGUCGCAGGAGAUUCAUAGUGGGAGAGCAUGAUGAUGACGCCAUUGAACCUUCGACAGUAAAACAGGUUGAAAUAACUCAAGCUGCCGAUAUGGAAUCGCUUGUCAGGAACGAACGCAAAGCUGACCCUCAAUUUGUAUUUUGGCGUGUCAAUUCUGAGUACCCUGGGUACGAACUCCAGUCGACAUUUGGCCCAGGCCCUGUCCCUGUCAACUAUUAUCCAUACCUGCGCCCACCGGUCGUAGCAGCUGAUUCGCGUUUGUUUAUUCUUCAAGUCACGACAGUGACCAGCAGGAUGACUACCACUUCUAGGUCGACUCCAGGUUGUUCUUCAGCAAGCAAUUUCAAUCAGUGCUAAGCAACAGUUUCCAUCCCCAUUUCGACCCCGAAUUAAUUAACGUUUAUUGAUGAGAAAGAAAAAAAAAAGGCGAACGAAAGUUGUUAAACUUUGGAAAUAAAAUACAAGGCUGUUAAGAAAG